AAUAGCUUGUGAUUGAUCGUGCGGUAGUUAGCGUAUUGUGUGCACCCGCACGUUACAGCGUUACACUGUACCUUAUACACCCCAAAAACUCUACAGAAACUACGGAGGUUUGUCUACUGCUGCUUCAACGAUCAAUCACAAUACCCUCUGUCUCUGCUUCCCAACAACAACAACAACAACGAUGGCGGCCGCUGAGGAUAUCCAUGGAGAAGCUAUUGAAAAGUUGAAGCAAAUUCAAGACGAGCUCGAAAAGAUCAAUGAGAAAGAACUUCUUGAAAUCAAGCAAAAGCACAAUGAGAUGAGUAAACUUUUGUAUGAUAAGCGCAAUAAUGUUAUAGAGUCCAUUCCUGAUUUUUGGAAAACUGCGUUUCUGGGGCAUACUGAUCUUCGUAACCUUUUAAGCGAAGAAGAUCAAGAGGUAUUUAAGUAUUUCAGCUCUCUAGAGGUUGAAAACCAUGAAGAUGUCAAAUCAGGCUAUUCAAUAACCUUUAACUUCAAUCCCAAUCGUCAUUUUAGUGACGCAAAGAUUGUGAAACUCUUCUAA